AUGGCGUCGAAUGAAACGGCGACGGUGAAGUGCUACUGUUGCGGGUUAAUGGAGGAGUGUGCGCCGUCAUACAUUAACCAUGUUCGUGAGAGUUAUCAUGGCCGUUGGAUUUGUGGAUUAUGUGCUGAAGCAGUCAAAGAAGAGUCAUUGAAAUCUAUUAGCACUGAUGAAGCGCUUAAGCGACACAUGAAUUUGAUCAGAACUUCAACUUCAAGUCCUCCUAAUAAACCAACACUUGAUUUGAUUCUUGCUGUUAAACAUCUUCUUUUUCGGUCUUUGGAUUCUCCGAGGAAACAAUCUUUGAGUUAUCAAACGGUUGGUAGAUCGCGUAGUUGUUUUUCGACUGUGAAUGGAACGGCUCAGGCAGAGACACAACCACAUGCUAGGAUUGUGCAAGGAAGAGAGAUUGGUUAG